UGGCUGCAAAGCCCGUGCGGCCUUGGCUGGUGGUGCCCGCGAGCCCUGAAUUCGGGCCUCCGGGGUCCCCACGCUCCAUUCCCAGAAACCUUCGCGCCGAGAGGUCUCUCUUGAAAGGAGUUGGGCCGGGGCGCCCGGAGCGUGCGGGACGGGACGCCCAGCAUUGCAGGGCCUGCCCUGAAGCCCAGCUUUCUCCGCCAGCCCCGAUUCCUCGGCUCUGGACGGGGAGACCCUCAGGCCGUUGGCCCACCUGCGCUGCUUUGCUAAACCUCCCCGCGCGAGGCUGGGCUUGGGGAGGAAGCAAGGCAGGCUGGGCAGAGGACCCAAGCACCGAGAGGUCGCCAAGCGCAGCUCCGACUGCACAGCUCGUCCAGUUUGACGGGAGCUGUUCAGAUCCUCGGUGCCACCUGACAGAAAACUGCAUGUCAGGAAAGGAACAGCAGCUGUGCGGGGAGUGUGGGGGUUUCAGUGCAAAAAGCUGGAAACACAGCUGCACUAGGCUCACUUUGGUCAAGAACAUCUGAAGCAAGAGUGGCAGCGUCCUUAUUUCUGAGAGACUUUCCCACCCGGUCCUGCAGCUGUUUUCUCUACUGUGCACCCUCUGCUGGUUAGUGUGAUAAGAGUGAGCUCAAAGAAAAGGAGGAAUCUGAUCUGUGAAAACCUAGAAGGUUUCAGAGACUAACAUGUGCUCUCCUGCAAGUUCCAAAAUCCUAUACAGGAACCCCCGGUUUCUCCGGUUAGCUUUUCUGCAGCUGCAUCACCAGCAACAGACUGGUGUGUUCUGUGAUGUCCUUCUGCAGGCAGAAGGUGAGGCAGUCCCAGCCCAUUGCUGCAUCCUGUCAGCCUGCAGUCCCUUCUUCACAGAGCGUCUGGAGCGGGAGAGGCCAGCUCAGGGUCGGAAGGUGGUGCUGGAGCUGGGGGGCUUGAAGAUCAGGACACUGAGGAAGCUGGUGGACUUCUUAUAUACCUCAGAGAUGGAAGUAUCUCGAGAAGAAGCCCAGGAUGUGCUUUCUGCUGCCCGUCAGCUCCGUGUAUCUGAGCUAGAAUCCCUUCAACUAGAGGGUGGGAAGUUGGUAAAGGCCCCCCAGGGCCGAAGACUGAACCGGGAGUGCUUACAGCCUCCAAGUGCUGCACCAAUCUCUGCCAGGGUGGUGGCAUCCAGCCGUCGACCUCGGACUCCACUCCCUGCGACCCAGACUCCUUGUCCUCUUGGGCCAGUGAGAUUAAAGUCCUCGGGGAAGGAGGAGGGGCCCUUGGAGAAAAGCAACAGACAGAAUGCAGAGAACUUGUCCGGCAAUCUUCUGCUCAAGAAGAAGGCCAGAGCUUGCCCAAUUCCACAAGAAAAGUGUUCUUCACCAUCAGGCCACAGCCAGGGACCGAAAGAGAGUAAGAGUGACCCUGCCCUUGCUCCUACGGCACUUUCCCCACCCAGUAUGUACCCUUCUGUGGAUGAGCGGCUAUUGCCCAGAAAGAUCAGACUGAGUCGCUCAAAGCCAUCUCCUGAUAUCUGUACAUCUAAGCCUUCCAGCAUGGUAAGCGGACCCAGCUCAGUACCCACAGUCCCUGGCCGGCGUCUUUGGCGGCAGAAGAGUAUAAAUAAAGUACCAGAAGACAAGGAGAAACCAGGGAGAGCUAGUCCUCUACAGAGCAUCCCAAGCCCAUCUGGUCUUGGAAAGACAGGUGGGAGCAAGAAGAGGAGCCCUGAAGUCAGGGCACCUAACUCAGACUCUGCAGAAGAGGGGCAGGUUGGAAGAGUGAAGCUUCGGAAAAUUGUCAAUGGAACAUGCUGGGAGGUGGUACAAGACCCUCCCCUCAAAAACUCUCAAGAUAGCCCUCAGAUCCCAGAAUCUCAAUACCCAGAAGAGCCUGCGAGUACUCAGCCAUCCUCACUUAAUGAGCUGGAAACAUCAUCUGCUAGGGUAGACCUGUGUCAGGACUCCCCCAUGUGCCCUAGGCUACAAGACAUUCUGUUAUCUGCUACCCACUCCCCAGACCACCCAGUGGUGAAAUCCGAGUUUGGGUCCAGUCUAGAGCUGGUAGGGAAGGAACCUGGGCUGGAUAUUGACUGCCGAGAGCCCUAUGCAUUUGACACAGCCCUGCUGGGGCAGCCCUGCGAAGCUGAGGAGUACCGUAUCACAAGUGCUGCUGCCACCAGUGAACUGGAAGAGAUCCUAGACUUCAUGCUGUGUGGCUCAGACAUUGAGCCACCCAUAGGGUCUCUGGAAAGUCCUGAAGCCGAGGGCUGCAGGACCCCUAGCUAUCACCUGACAGAAACAGGAAAGAACUGGAUUGAAGGGGAGGAAUGGUGUUUGCCAGACAUGGAACUCUGGCCCAGGGAGCUCUCAGGAUUGGAAAAAGAACCGGUUGAUGAGAACAAAGAGCCAAUUGAGCCCUUUGGCCCCCUUGUCAUGCACUCUGAGAACAAAGAGCCCAUCGAGUCCCUUAGCCCCCUUGUCUUACCCUCUGAGGUAAGUGAAGGGGAGGUACUUUCAGUAGGAGGCUCUUGGACUCCAGAUCUGGAAAUUACCAGCUCCCAACCACUGGAUGGUCAGAGAGAGAAGCUUCACAUGGACUCUCUUGACCUUCCCCAAAGGUCCUAUGAGGAUCUCUCACCUCCCUGUUCAAACUGGAUGGACACUAGGCCAGAAGUGUCCCUAAGUAUGGAUGAGGUAUUAUAUCCUGCUCCAGAAGCAGGCAAGGAGCUACUUGGCAACUCUGAAUUGUUGGACCCACUUCCUGCCAGCUCCGAAGAGGAAGAGAUUGAUGUGGUGGACUGGACAUUAGAGGGGAGGCUGGUGCCCACUGAUAUUCCCUCUGUGUGGCCCGACCCUUCCUCAGAGUCAGACACAGAGAUAGACAUAUUAACGUAGAACAGGAGUACAGGUUAGGGGACAGUGGGAGGGUGGGAAAUGUUUGCUAGCAAAGGUAUAAUGGCAGAGGCUGGUACAUGCCCUGUCCUCUUAGCAAAAGAGGCAAGUGUACUGUAGUUCUCUAUGUCCUUUCCUCUCCCCUCACCCCCAAGGCUUUGGGAGCCAAGCAAAACUAGUACCAUGGGUACAAAAUUAUGAACUUGAACCAUCUUAUUUCUUUGUAAUCUAUUUUCCAGUUAGCGAUAAACAAGUGAAAUUAUAAACUGUGUGGUCCCCAACUCUACCGGGUCAUAAAAUAACCAACACCAGGUCUUCUAAGUUAUGAGGCAUCUAGUCACUGCUAAUUUAAUAAUAAAUGAGAAUACCCUCUGUGAAACAGAAAAUGGGAAACAGUGCUGGGAUGGAACAAGUGGGUAAAAGUAACAGAACGUUUUUGUAUAUCUAAUGUGUGUGGCUUAUUCAGUCCAGCAUGGCAAGUCUAGCCAAAUGUCUGUAGGGGCCAAAAAGACCACUUCAUCAUAACUUUCAA